GCUGUGGCCUACGGCGGGCUGCGGCCGGUGCUCCCAGGCCACACGAUUGUGGCGCCGACGCGCCGCGUCGAGCGCUUUGCCCAGCUGCAGGACGAUGAGCUGCAGGCCAUCGUCCGGCUGGCGCUCUCGGUGCAGCGGCAGGUGGGCUCGCACCUGAACGCGACGGCCUUCAACCUGGCGCUCAAGGACGGCAAGGGCGCCGGCCAGCCGGUCCCCCACCUCCACCUGCACGUCGUCCCGCGCACGGCCGGAGAC